GCUGGCGGGUCCCCUGCGCACGCUCGGGAGCCCACGGCCCCAGGCGCCUCCUGGCAACCAGACGCUGAGGGAGCGUGGAGGCCUCAAUGGAUCAGCCAAUCAUAGCCAUCACCUCCAAUUCUCUAAGGGAAAACAUGGCACCUGGCAGUUUGAAACCAGUGCGAAAGACAUCAUCUGUUGAAAGAGAAGGAUGGUGGAGAAUAGCAUUAACAAAUACUCCUAUCCCUGGCACUUACCACUUGAAAACUUUCAUUGAAGAAUCCCUAUUAAAUCCAGUGAUAGCAACCUACAAUUUUAAAAACGAAGGAAGGAAAAGACCGCCUCUUGUGCAAAGAAACAAUCUGGUACUAAAUGACCUUCCCCUGUACGCACCUCCUGACUUCUUGGACUUGUUAAAGAAGCAACUGGCCUCGUACUCAUUUAAAGACAAACCGCGGUCAAGUGCCAGCACGCCGGUUUACAAAGAUCAGUCAGUUAAGCUCUCACCAGGGCAAUAUGAUCUACUUCCUGCACCGGUUCCCAAGCAAGCUUCCAGGAGCUUCGUAUUUCGUUCUACAGUUCAAAGAUUUCCAACAGGCUGCUUCACUCCUCGUGAAGGCCCAGGACCGGGUCAUUAUGACUUGAAAAUACCUCCAAUAAAUUCUAUUACUUCCUGUUUUCAAUCCAAAGUACCUCGAUUCCUGCCCGCUUGUUCUAAAACCCCCGGCCCGGGAGCAUACACGUCUUCAGUGCAAUUCCCCAAGCAGCCCCCCACCAUAGCCAAAAUGGGCCGAGAGAAUAGCCUUUUCUUCAACAACACAAUUGGCUUUUAAAAUAAAACUAUCUUGGCCCUCAGCUAUUUUGAGUUUAGCAAGUGCUUCUGUUUAGAACACUCUGUUUUAUGUUCUUUAGAAGGGUUUGACACAGAACAUCAUGGAUUGCCCAGGUGACCCUCCUGCCCGCUUCUGUGGAAUAGUUCCAGCAUAAUUUCCAGUUCACUCUCGAAAGUGUCCUGGCUUGAAUAAUAAAGUGCAUUCACUCUGUUUGUUGUCCAAGGAUACAUUCCAAGACAGUGCUCCUGGGCUCCUCCUGCGGCAGCUUGG